AUGGACGCUUGGGGGGUGCCCGCAUCCCGUUGGAGUCGCUGCCGCGGGGCUCGGCUACUGCUGUUGCUGCUCACCGUGCGCCUGGGGAGCGGAGCUGAUAAAGCAGAUGAUGAAGAUGACGAAGACUUAACUGUGAAUAAAACAUGGGUCCUAGCACCAAAGAUUCAUGGCGGGGAUGUGACUCAUAUACUGGACUCAUUACUUCAAGGAUAUGACAAUAAGCUUCGGCCAGAUAUUGGGGUGAGAACAACUGUAAUUGAAACAGAUGUCUAUGUUAACAGCAUUGGCCCAGUUGACCCAAUCAAUAUGGAAUACACCAUAGAUAUCAUAUUUGCCCAGACUUGGUAUGACAGUCGUCUGAAAUUUAACAGCUCAAUGAAAGUCCUUAUGCUUAAUAGCAAUAUGGUUGGAAAAAUUUGGAUUCCAGACACUUUCUUCCGGAACUCAAGGAAAUCUGAUGCCCACUGGAUUACAACUCCAAAUCGCUUACUUAGAAUCUGGAGUGAUGGAAGAGUAUUAUACACUCUAAGACUGACAAUUAAUGCUGAGUGUUAUCUUCAGCUUCACAACUUUCCUAUGGAUGAACACUCCUGUCCACUGGAAUUUUCAAGCUAUGGAUAUCCCAGAAAUGAAAUUGAAUACAAAUGGAAGAAAACCUCUGUUGAAGUGGCAGAUCCGAAAUACUGGAGAUUGUACCAAUUUGCAUUUGUAGGGCUGCGAAAUACAACUGAGAUUUCUCAUACCCUGUCUGGUGAUUAUAUUAUUAUGACAAUCUUCUUUGAUCUCAGCAGACGUAUGGGAUAUUUUACUAUCCAGACGUACAUUCCUUGUAUACUCACAGUUGUUCUUUCAUGGGUGUCAUUUUGGAUCAACAAGGAUGCAGUUCCUGCAAGGACAUCUCUGGGUAUUACAACGGUGCUGACCAUGACAACAUUGAGCACAAUUGCCAGGAAGUCACUUCCAAAAGUCUCCUAUGUGACAGCAAUGGAUCUCUUUGUCUCUGUUUGUUUCAUUUUUGUGUUUGCUGCCUUGAUGGAAUAUGGCACCUUGCAUUACUUUACUAGCAACAGAAAAGUGGACAAAGGAAAAGAUAAGAAGGCAAAACCUAAGCCAUCAAAACCAUCUGCAAUUGCUGUUCGACCUGGAUCAACAUUAAUUUCAAUUAAUAACAUUAAUCAUCUCCCUGAACGUGAUGAUGAUUAUGGAUAUGAGUGCCUAGAAGGGAAAGACUGUGCUAGCUUCUUUUGUUGUUUUGAAGACUGCCGCACAGGAUCUUGGAGAGAAGGAAGAAUACACAUUCGUAUUGCAAAAAUUGACUCCUAUUCUCGAAUCUUCUUUCCAACUGCCUUUGCACUGUUUAAUCUCGUUUAUUGGAUUGGGUAUCUUUAUUUAUAA